UCCGAGGUUAGACUCACACAGGCAAAGGCGCCAUCUUGGAAACUUGGGGUUGUUGCUGUUCUUUCCCGCCGAUCUCGCCACAGAGAUGCAUCUAUAUUGUUAAUAGUUCAGUCCGCUGUCCUCAUUUUAAUUUCAUUUUCAACAAUCCCCUUCCCGUUUUAAUUACUGCGAAUAAUAAAUUUAUGAAACCGUUGGAUGGAGCCAUGCUGGGUUAUUUCAUAGGGAAGAUAGGAGUCAACUGCAUUGGUGGUUCUGGAGUUUAAUGUAGACAAGAUUGGAUAAGGAUUUGAAGGACAUUAAUGAACCAGUGCAUCAUGUUUUGGAAGUUUGAUCUUCACACAUCAUCCCAUAUAGACACGCUCCUCGAUAAGGAAGAUGUGACUCUUACUGAAUUAAUGGAUGAGGAAGAUGUUUUGCAGGAAUGUAAAGCUCAGAACCGUAAAUUGUUGGAUUUUCUGGUCAGGUCACAGAGUAUGCAUGAUCUUGUUACAUACAUCACCCAGGAGCCGCCAGAUGAUAUGGACGAAAAAAUGAAAUACAAAUAUCCCAACAUAUCGUGUGAACUACUUACUUCAGAUGUAGCACAGUUAAAUGACCGACUAGCAGAAGAUGAACCUUUGCUGACAAGACUUUACAGCUUUUUGCAGAAUGAGCCACCACUUAACCCUUUGCUUGCAAGUUUCUUCAGUAAGGUGUUAAGCAUUCUUAUCAGUAGGAAACCUGACCAGAUUAUUGCAUUUUUACGAAAGAGUGAUGCAUUUGUAAGCUUAAUGCUCAAACACAUAGGGACGUCGGCACUCAUGGAUUUGCUACUCAGAUUAUUGACGUGCAUUGAGCCACCACAACUGAGGCAGGAUGUUUUAAAUUGGUUGAAUGAAGAAAAAAUUAUUCAGCAUUUGAUAGAAAUGAUACAACCAUCUCAAGAUGAAGAUAGGCACUCCAAUGCAUCGCAAUCGUUGUGUGAAAUCAUCCGCCUUAGCAGAGACCAGAUGAUUCAGAUGCAGAGCCUACCAGAACCAGAUCCACUUUUGUCCUCAAUAGAGAAGCAAGAAACCUUAGAAUACUUGCUUACGAAUGUUCUCGAUAAAGAGAAGACUGAAUCAGCGAUUGUGAACUGUAUCCAAAUAUUGUUGACUUUGCUAGAGACUCGAAGGCCUGCUUUUGAAGGCCAGCUAGAAAUUUGUCCAACUGGUAUGAAUCAUGCAGCCUUUUCUGUGAGUAAUAGCACAUUGCAAGCCAUUAGAGAAAGGCUUAAAGACUUCCAUCAAAUACUACUGGAACCUCCAAAGAAAAGUCCAAUGAAAACAACGUGGGGAAUAUUAAACACGCCUGUGGGGAAUACCCGUCUAAAUGUGGUCAGACUUAUAGCCAGCCUUCUUCAAACAAACACAUACAGUAUUAAUGCAGAACUUGUAGAACUUAACACUAUGGAUGUUUUACUGGAUAUGUACUUCAGAUACAUUUGGAAUAAUUUUCUUCAUGUACAAGUAGAAAUUUGCAUUGCAACAAUCUUAGGAAGCCCUCCACCCCGUGAUACCAGCAUAGAAAACAACAUUGAAGAAAAUCUUGACACUGCCGGAGAAAAUAUAUUAAUUAAACAUCUGUUUCAGAAGUGCCAAUUAAUUCAGAGAAUACUCGAUGCAUGGGAAAAUAAUGAAAAAGAACAAUCAGAAGGUGGAAGACGGAAAGGGUACAUGGGACAUUUAACACGGAUAGCCAAUGCUGUUGUACACAAUGCUGAGAAGGGGCCAAACAGUGCACUAAUAAACCAGCUGCUAAAAGAUCUUGAUGAGGACUACAGGGAAAGAUGGGAGACAUUUACCACUGGUUCAUUGGCAGAAACCAAUAAGAAGAAUACUGUAGAUUUGGUUAGCACACAUAAUAUACAUUCAUCAAGUGAUGAUGAAGUUGAUUUUAAAGAACAGGGUUUUGCUCCAGACUCAGGGUUACAGCAAGCCUUUUCUGAUUAUCAGAUGCAACAAAUGACGUCCAAUUUUAUUGACCAGUUCGGCUUCAACGAUGAGGAGUUUGCUGAUCAGGAAGACAUGGUGAAUGUCCCCUUUGAGCGAAUUGGUGAUAUCAACUUCUCAUUGAAUACAAAUGAGAGUGCUAAUGUAGCACUAUUUGAGGCAUGCUGUAAAGAAAGGAUACAACAAUUUGAUGACAGUGGGUCUGAUGAAGAAGACAUUUGGGGUGAAAAGGACAUAACUUUUGCACAAGAUGCAAAAAAUCGACACAGAAGUUCAGGUAGCACAGACAGUGAAGAAAGCACAGAUUCUGAAGAUGAAGAUGGUGAUAAACGGAAUAAUACAUUUGAGCCCAGCGGUACCAAUCCAGACGAUAGAAUGGAAAUAGACACAAAUGAUGCCCCAGGGUGGACAGCAAACUUUGAAGUGCCUAUGGAAACCACAAACAUAACUGCAGCGAAUUCCAGUGGACCUACUUUGUGGAGUUCAGGUGAUGCAGUACCACAGGAAACUGGAUGGGCAACUUUUUCUGAUUUUUCCUCUCAGUUAAGUUCAAAGGAUCCUUUAAGAAGUAGCUCUCCAAUUGCAAUGGAAACCAGUUUGGACCCAGUGGAUGUCCAACAUAGUUGUGUAACAGCACAUCGUGAAGAUUUUGUUGCAACCUCGCAGCUUCCCUGCAAGGAACAGAAAGCAGGGUCAGCCACAUUAAAUUUAGAACCCAGCUUGUCUGAUGGUGAGGAUGAAGAGGUGACUACAGACCAAGUAACAGAGACGGUCACAAAUGGCUCCAUGAAGGAGACAGUAAGCCUUACAGUAGAUGCCAAAACGGAAACUGCUGUGUUUAAAAGAGUGUUGAAAUCCUAUCGUGCGGACAUAAAAUUGUCUACCUCUGAAGAUGUUUCUUCAAAAUAUGUGUCGCCAGAUAAUUUGGAAGCUCCAAAAGUGACUCCAACAUCACAGUCUAAUGAUUAUCGAAUUGAUGGCUUGAGGCCCUCUGAAGAGAAUAUAAAAUCUCGAGCAAAAGACACUUCGAAUGGUCCUAUUGACAAUGUAGCAUCAAUGGAAGAAGUCAAGACAGCUCAACAAGUCCUGUCACCUGAAGCUUCAAUUAAUGGACCUGCAUGAAUAAUUCUGCCUGCUGUUGUCUACUCCAGCCUGAGCAGCUACUAUCCAGGGGUAUCAGUGGGGUUCACUGGAGGCACUGGGCUUAGGCCUAUCAAAGCCAGUCACUGCUGCACUAAAUUUACAUGGGAUCAGGACCAGCAAUAUUCUUAUCAGAUUUUUUUUUAAAGAUGGAUGUGCAAAGAAGAGUUUGAAUGAAAUGUGUAAAUGAGGGUAUUACAUGUUGGCAGAUACAAAGAACUCUUGUGUGCAUUUGUAUCAAAUACAUGUUCUUUUAAAUGGGUUGAUCAGUCCAUUAAAUAUCUUGCCACUCACGUGAUAAUUAGUAUUGUUGCCAUAGUUAAAUGGUUAUAAGAGUAGAGUAUUUUAUAAAAAUGUGUAUACUUAAACCUAACGUAUAUAAUUGAAGUAUACCAAUUGGAACACAUAGUGUGACCAAAGUGUUUAGAAAUUUUCAUACUUUUUUUCAUCUUGUAAAAGAUUUUAACUUUCAGUGUUUCUUCCAAGUGGGCAGUGUAAAUUGUAGAGGUGAAAUGCAAAUGUAAAAGUGUUAUUUUGAUCGAGUUGCCUAUAUUAAACCAAUUGCUAGAAGAAAAUCUAAUUGUAAAUGUUCAAGAGUGGCUCUUUGCUUCAGAUUUUAUUUGUAAACAUUUCUUGAAAUCUAGAUUAGUAUUGGAAACUCUUUAAUUCAGAACUUAAACAUAUUUGUUACUGAAGAUGAGUUGAUCAUUUGGUACGUCACUGAAUAGCCAUAAGUAUGUUCAUCCUUCUGUAUUUUAUAUUUUCAGAGCAACAGAUUGUUCAAAUGAAAGAUGAAGAAUGCUGAAGAUUAUCUUUGAAUUGCAUGUGGCUAUUGUGUGGUUCUCUUAACUAAAAAUCUACAUCAAUUUUAAUGUUUUAUAAAAAAAAAUUCUAUUGAACCACUUAACCAAUAUGUUUUUAAGAUCCCUUUAUUUUAGUUGCCAGGUCAAUAGAACUUGAUCAGGGUGACCUGAUACCUGAGCACUUAAUGUAAUAUUAGUUGGCUAGAAGAUUCUGUUGAAAUAAACUUAUAAGGAGUGAAGAGCCCUACUUGAGGAAAGUAUGACAGUAACUUCAACUUUUAAAUUCAGGGAUUUAAAGCGUUACGGCAGAUUGACUCUCUUCAAGGGACCUUAUUGGACUGUUAAUGGAGGUGACAGCUAGCAUUGGGUUAUGCUGAGGCAAUUUUGAAAAUGUCAUUUGACAAAGUGCCUAUGGUACAGGUUUAAGUCUGAAAAGAGAUGGUGGUAAUGCAUGAUAAAUUUGUGGAAGAAUCCUUUCACAUUAGAAAAUAGUGUCUGUUCCAGGAAAGUAAAAUGAGAUGUGCACUCACCUAUUAGUGUGGCCUGUUCUUUGCAGCAUCUACAGUAACGAUAUUGUUGGAUCCUUCAAGCACCUUAAUACAUUCAAAGUCAAUGAAAUAUUUUAUAUCAACUUCAUCACUGUUUUUAAAAAAUAAUAACGGCUUGGGUUUAGAGUUCUAGAAAUAAGUAUUGGGGGAAAAAAAUAAUCAAACCAAGCAAUGCAAUUUUCUGUGAUCUUCCAAACUGCUUUGGGGUGGUAAAAUCCAAAUUCAGUUGUUAAUGCUUGAUUCACCACUUAAACUUCUGAAAUAGCAGAUCACAGAUACUUGAAGAUUGGGAUGCUCAAACAUCCCUUACAGUGUAGCAAUUACUUAAAACUGUGGUAGGAUUAUAGUGUACAAUUUUUUAAAAGUAAAAAAUGAGAUAAGGAGGAGAUGGAAUAUUUCCAAACCAAAACGGCGGGAAUAACAAUGUGGCUGCCAAAUUGGGGAUAAAAGUCUAUUCCAUCUUGACAAUCUUUUAUUUGCAAGGUUUAUGUGUUUAGUUGCAUGAGAAAAUGGCAACAAUCUUUUUUAGUAUAUGGCUAGGAUGGACAUAAACCACUCACACAAGCAAGUACAAAAUGUAAAAAGUAUUGGCUUCUUGCUGUCAAAUUAUUCUGGUUGUAUGAUACAUUUUUCAUUUGUCCUAUUUCAGAUGUGCAUCCAAUAUACAAUGUAAAUAUACCUUGUUAAAAUUAAUGCCUUUAGUUAAAGUUUGCAAUAAACUGAAUUGCUUAAGUUGUACGAAAGUGAAUUGUUUAAUUUUUAUGAGCAUGGUGACAAUAUUUUUGGUUUGGUGUCCAGUGAUGCCAAUUACUACAAAAUGCUCAGAUGUAUGAAAAUGAUCUUGCCCAUAAUUGUCAGCGCUGUACUUUUUAAAUUUCUUCUCAAGAAUAGUGGCAGUCUUGGAAAUUUGUAUUUUGUUUUAAAAAAAUUAAAAUUAACCACGAACCUUAAAGAGUAAAUGACAACUUUUAGGAAAGGAUCCUUUAAGGAUGUAUGAUGUUUUGAAGAAAAUACUAGGUUGUUUACAAGUUAGUUUAAACUGCUUUACUUUGGUAGAUUACAUAAAGUUAUUCAGCAAGUGUUUGGUUUUUGUACAUGGGAAAAUUGUUACCUGGAUGUUUGAAGUGACUGCCUUUAUAUUUGUCUCUUUACUUUGGAGUAAUUUGUAUCCCACUGGCUUGAGCUGGUAUGGAUCAUUUAAUAGGUUACAUUUAUCUUUUAAUGUUUUUAAGCUCUGCCAACAGAUUUAUUGUGCCCCUGUAGAUGAUACAGAUUUGAGCUUAAUUGUGACAAAUUUAGCAAAAAUUGAGCCAAGAGGCCAAUCAAGUGAAAAAGGCAGCAUUUGUAGACUCAUUAUGACUUCUCUCCUGGAAUGAAUGGGAUCAAAACUUGCUAGGUUGCAUUAUUAGGUUAAGAAACAGUUUAUUUCAGAAUUGGGACAUAGGUAGCAGGUGACUAAGGUACUGGGAUAACCACUCAUGCUGCUUCAAUUUGAAUAAAAUUUCUGAGCUUAUGAGCAGCCAGUGGCAUUCCAUAAUAUUGGAAAAUUGAAGGGUUCUGGAAGUGUCGAUGCAUCAUUCCCAUCUCUCCCCUACCUUCUCUACAACCUAAAACUAACAUGUUUUCUCUCUCUCCCAGUCCUGACAAGAGAUCCUCGACCUGAAAUGCUCUUUCCAUAAAUGCUCCAGAUGUGCUGAGUAUUUCAAUCAUUUUCUGUUUUCAUCCCAUAGGCUUAGUAAGUUGCAACCAUUGGAACAAGAAGGAUACUCAACAAUGCAAAUCCCCUUGAGUGUCCAUUUGAAAUAAGAUUUUCAAUACUGAAUAUAUGAGAGAUUGAAUGCUACAGAGCCAUCAACAAAAUCUGAAGAAAAAGUGAUUGCUAAGUGAGAGGGUGAAUUGCAGAAGCAGCCAUAAGAGAUUUCCAUCAUUAUGGGAAUAGAUGGGUACUCUUCAAACUUAACAAAUUUAAGGAUAGAUUGAAAAUAGAAUGAUGUGAAAGAUUUUGGAUAUGAAAUGUAAACUGCCGGUUGUAAUUAGUGUUACAGAGUCAAUUACAUUGGACACUUCGUUUCAGUAACUGGGAAUGAGAAUAAAGCAAGACUUUCUGUGUGGUAAUCUAAGGAUCACUUCUGCUGCCAUAUACUGAUUUAAAAACUACCAAGCUUCAUCAAGGGAAGGGCUGUGGUUGACUGGAUAGGUUUAGAAGCAUGACUGGCAUGUUCAGAGAGAAUAUGCAAAUAAUUCUACAAAUGGUAACCUCCCUGGCAAACCAACUGAUGGUAUCAGAGAAGAGGGAAAUGGUAAAACAGAAGGCAUACCAGAACAAGCUGCAAGGGAUAAUUGUGAAAAAAACAGAUCAAAAAAAGGAAUGGUUAAAACCAGACAGCCAAGCAGAGUUGUUUGAGUUGUAUUUAGUCUAAAUGCAAAAUGUAUUGUGAUGAAUAUAUUUUUAAAUCAUAAAGUAAGAAAUAAUUAAUAAAGGGUGAACAAAAGCUUGCAGAUUGAUUACAGCUGUUGCUUAGUGGUUACCAAAUCUGCAUUUGGUCACUUUAAUGUACAGAUACCAGAUCAUGAAUAGCAAGAUAUUACAACUUGCUGCUCAUCAGUUGAAUUUGAUGACUUUUCAUAAAGAGUUUGACAUCUCAAAUGAGAGGUCAUUGACCAGGAUUGACAACUCUCUCUCUGCAGAGAGUAUUUUCAGUUUUUGUUUCAGACUUCCAGUAUCUGCAGGAUUAUUUUUGCUUAUUACAGUGUAAUUGCAUUGUUUGAUUCUGCUUUCCAAUUCAAUAAAAUAAGUAUGUCAUCAUUUAAGUAACAAUAUUUUCCUUGUGUUUUAGGUUUCAAUUUUACCAUAUUUUUGAAGUAAUAUUUUGAGUUUUCCUAUUCAAUGCUUCAUACAUUUUAUUUAGCUUCUUAUCUAGUACUUACAGUAUAUUUGCUCAGUCUCUUUGUGAGGGUGUGCAACAUGUUUCCCCCAGUCUCCUCACUGAUUCUAAAGAUGUGAAUUGCACAUAUCCCAAUCUUGUACUUCAUAUGUUGUCUUUUCACUUCUCAGUCUGAAAGCUUUCCAGACCACCAGGCAGAGGACUACCAGUUCAAUGACAUGAAUGCCAUUGUGGCAGCUGGGAACUAAAUUGAAGUAAUUAAAUAAAUUUGGAAUAAUGUUGUUAGUGAUGACCAUGAAACCACUGGGUUUUGGCAAGAACCUCUGCAUUUCAGUAAUGGCCCUCAGGGAAAAUAAACUUCCCCUUUACCUGGUCAGCUUUCAAUUGAGAUUUGUUGGUAUAUUAAUUUAUAAUUUGUUUUCAGUUUUUAAACUGGGAUGAAAACCAGCCACGACAAAAUUAUGGGUAAGUAUAUUUGUAGAGAAGCGAACUAUGUUUUGAAUAGUAAGCAAUGAACAUGCAUAAUUCCACUCCUCCAGAAAUCUUGUAUUUAUUUUGAAUGUUUCCUUUAGUGGUUUUCUUUUAUAAAGUUGUAACUAAAUUAUUUUCUUCCCUAAUUUUAGCUGAUCUUUGCCAUUUCAAUAUAGUGAAUUAUUUAGCUAUCAAAAAUGUUGAACUCUUUUGUAAUCCUAAAUCACUAGAAUGUCUACAAUUUGUUAAUCUUCCACCUUCACAGUCUGGCUUUUAGUACAAAGGCUUUAACAGUUCACAAAGCCUAAUUUUCCUCCACUCUUAUCUCAGCUCAGAUUGAUUGAUUGAUUCUGAAGGAUAUAUUAUGUAUAUACUAUAUAUAAUAAUAUAGCUCAGUUGAGUUAAUGAAUGCUACUGAACACUGGUGGAUUUAUGGAGGUGAAGCUCUUUGUUAUUUCAGGUGCUGGAACUUUGUUCAAAAAAUCUUUUAACUGACUAACAUUAUUAACCUAUUUUCUGCUUUAGCUUCUGAAUUUCUUUGUUUUUCUGGGUGUUCUCACAAUAUCAUGUGGACAUAAUUUACAUGUCAUUGUGGAAAGUUAGUGGUGAAGCAAUUGAUUUUUCUGUGGUACUGAAUUCCAGAAUUGUUUGCACAUUUUCAAUGAGGCAUUGUAGUGCUGCGAUCAGCUGAUUGUGCUGGAAAUGGGGCCACAGCAGUUCACAAUCCAAUUUUGAUUUAGAUGAUAGGAUCAUAGAAGUAUGGGCUCUGUGAAGAAUGUAGAAGGCUUUAAGGAGAUAUAGUCAACUCAAGUAAAUGGGCAAGGAUGUGGAAUAAAAUGUGAGGCAGUUUUUUUUAAAAUAAGAAUUUGAAAGACUUCACAAAGUUCCUGGGAGUCAUGGAUGCAAAUCAAAGUUAACAUGCAGGUUCGGCAAGCAGUGAGGAGGGAAAUGAUAUGCUGGCCUUUACUGCAAUUGAGUAUAAGAUUAGUGGUGUCAUGUCUCUGUUAUAUAUAAUGCCAUGGUGAGGCUCCAUCUGGAAUAUUUAGUAUGGGUCUGGUCUCCCUACCUAUGGAUUGAUACAAUUGUGAUUGAGAGAUUAUAGUAAAGGUUGACCAGAUUCAACAAUGAACCCCAGGACACUGGUUUUGUAUUUGUGGUGUUGAACAUCAGAUGGUUAAUCUGUCUUCUAGACGUGGUCAUUGCUGGCACUGGUUUAAUGCAAAUAUCUCUCACUAUAUGUCACUCAGAUCUGAAUGUUGUCUCAGUUUUGAUGCAUACUGGUUUUAAUUUAAAUUGGCAGACAUGGUUGCAGAAUGUUGUAAGCCUGUAAAAGCAGAAAUGGGUAAGCCAUUAAAAAUGUGAUAACCUAGUGUUUUAUGUUUUGCAGUGGCUGGAAUGGAAUUAAAAUAGUUAGGCAGGGUCAAUGUAAAGCCACAGUAACACCACUGUAUUUUCUAUUGGGUUGAAUUGUACAUGACUGAUUUAAAACAAUGGUGGGAGUCUAAGCAGUUUUCCUUGAAUGUCGACUUGAUGGAAGGUAAUAAAAACUAAAAGAUGCCCUGUAUUUUUCAAGAGUGGACGAAAUCAUGGGGCGAUUUUAUAAUGGAGAGAUGGGGGUAGAGUGGCAAUCCAUUAAUGUAAUAAAGAUGCCAGAACACAUUUCACAGGUGUCAUCAGACAAAACCUUGGUUAGAGGUUGGUUUCCAGUAACCUAAAAGUGAAGCAGCAAGAUUCAGAAUGUGAAUUCCAGAGGUUAGAGUCAGGGCAGUUAAAAGGACUGUUCAAAUGAUGAAGCAAUUGGGAAUGUACAAGCAGCUGAAAUUUUAGUGUGCAAGUGGGCUGUGCUGAGACUCAUGUUGGAUUGGAAUAAUUAUAAUUUUAAACCUAGGUUUUGUCAGACCAGGGGCUAAAGUAUGUUGAUGAGUAAAGGAAUGAAGAAAGAAUGGAAAUAACAGGAAAUUAAGCUCUCAGAACUGGCGUUGAAUGAGCUUGUGCUUAAAGGAUGUGAAGCUAGGAUCAAAAAUAGCUGAAUCUGGAUACAACAGAAUAGUGCCUUUGGAUGUAGUUUCAGUUUUAGAUGUAGAGGCAGAGGCAAUUGGUAUUAUUAGAGUAGACAACUAGUAUCUUUUUCCCAGGGUUGAAAUGUCUAAUACUAGAGGACAUGCAUUUUGCAUUUAAGGAGAAAGGGGGUAAGUUCAAAGGAGAUGUGUGGGGCAAGCUCCCCCACCCCCACAGUGGUGAGUGCCUGGAAUGCGCUGCCAUGGGUGGUGGAGGCAAAUACAAUAGGUGUUAGAUAGGCACAUGGAGGGAUAUGGACAUUGUGUAGGCAGAAGGGAUUAGUUUAGUUAGGCACUUAAUUAUCAGUUUAAUUAGUUCAAUCCUGUACUGUCCUAUGUUCUCAAAUCUCAGGCCACUCCCUUUGUGUCUGUGCUGUUAGGGAAAAAACUUACAUGCCUAAUUCCACUUUCCAGCACUUGGGCCAUAGCCCUACAGAUCAAGGCUAUUCCAAGUACGAGCUUAAAAGAAUGCAUGUUGCAUCUUAGACAAGUUGCAAGUGAAGGAAAAGUGAAGAUGGAAACCUAAUCAGGAAAGCACAAUGGUAAGUUGUCUCAAAGGACCAAAAACAUUUUGUACAUACAAAAUGUCUUUGGGUGCUCUAAGUAAGAAAGACAGAAUUAAGCAUUUUUGACACCAGAGGACACCAAAUUUGCCAAUAGCUACUGAAUUUUACUGCUAUCCUCCUGUGAUAAAUGUCUUUUCUCAUUUCUGGGUGAUUUUCAUGGCCCCAGCAUUGAGAGAGGAGAGAAUUUCCUCAUCAGAUGCAUGUGAAGCCAUUCUACAUGCAACACUCCUUUUGAAGAACUUCAGGGAAACUUUGCCUGGAAUGACUACUGGUAGGGUGUCCCAAGAAAAUAUAUUUUAAUGCUUGAUGAGUAAAGUAAUACUUGUAUCUGUUAUCUCUUCACACCACCACUCACCCAAUUUCGUUAUUCACAUCUACCAAGCCAAUACAUUCCUACCAUUCAGAACUCUUA